GGUUGCAAGUGGGGUAAAUGUUUUGUGGCGCUUACAUUUCGCUCUCGCCUGGGUACAUUGAUACACUCCUCAACUUGCAUCAAUUGCUAUUAUUUUGGCUAUUUUACAUCGACGUUGGGGCAACAUGUCGGUUGCGUCUGCAUCAAUACAGUUUUUUACUCGUUUGUUACGAUAUCGAACGAAAUGUGCCGUUCCGUUUCACGCAGCAUCUAGGAUUUUAAUAUCACCAUACCUGCCCCAGGUCUUUGGCGGUAAUAAGGUGCUACUGGGCACCUGUGCACAGCCACUCAGGUCAGAGGAGAAGGUGACUGUCUAUUUCAUCAACCGCGAUGGGCGGAAGAUCACCACUUCGAGUGCCAAGGGCGACAGUCUUCUAGACCUGGUGGUCGAACAAAACCUAGAUAUUGAAGGUUUUGGUGCAUGUGAGGGGACCCUGGCCUGUUCCACCUGUCAUGUGAUCCUGGAUCAGAAGGUGUACAACCAGCUGGGGCCCAUCACUGAUGAGGAGAAUGACAUGCUGGACCUGGCCUUUGGCCUCACUGAUACGUCUCGUCUGGGUUGUCAGGUCUGCGUAUCCAGAGAUCUGGAGGGCAUAACGGUCCGUGUGCCAGACCGGGUGAACGACAUGCGGCGGUCUGAUGAUGCUGGACCUACACUGUAAAGCAUCUAGUUGUUUUUACAGUAUUAUACAAAACUAACAGUAAAGUACUAUAUUAAUGAUUAAUUGCCCUAAAUUGAAAUGCAAUCUGGGUGAUUUUAGGUGUAACUGAUUAAUUGAUACUAUACAAUUCCUAAGAAACUUGGUUUAACAGUACAUUCCUGUUAAAAAGUGCUAUAUUUCCAAUGGUUCUGUAAUUCCACCCCACAGAAUACUGUACCCUUCCCUGUAGUGGGUUCAUGGUAUUGUUGUUUUCAUUAACAUAUUAUGAGGUGUGCCUUGUAAGAGGCUGCAUUUGUUCCACCGGUUAGUGAGAGUGAGGUACCAAUUUAACUGAUACAGUGGUAGCAGUGCCUCAACAAUUGAAUGUGCAUACAGUAGGGGACAGAUUGGAGUGGCAGCAAGUCUUAAACCUUUAAUGGUUUAGUAUUUGCCAUGUUCUCUGGUCUGUUUUGCCCUGCAUUCACUGCCAGUUUAGAAGCCUUUGUUAAGGCCUCUAGAAGUGCAAGUGAUAUACAGUACCAGUCAAAAGUUUGGACACACCUACUCAUU